AUGGAAGAAAACAUCGCAAUUGCUGAAUCCAUCAUCACCAAAUGGGAUCCAAACUCUUCCUCAUACAUCAAAAUCACUUUUCUGUUCCAGCAUAGCAGAAAAGAAGCCAAAGAGUUCCUCAAAUCCGUAAACUACUUGCGUAGUGCUAUGCAUGUUUUAGCUGAUGGAAACUUAUCCAGCAAGCUUGUACUUGCUCAAAAUCUAAUGCAAACAGCGAUGAAAAGGCUUGAAAAAGAGUUUUACCAGAUAUUGUCUGCAAACCGGGAUCACCUUGACCCAGAAUCGGUUUCAAGUCGAUCCUCAGGAUCAGCCAAAUUUUAUAAUGCAGACGAGGCUGGAUCAGAAGACGAGAUGGAAAUUAUUGGUGAGUCAAUCAGAGAGGUUGAGAGAGCCUCAUCAUUUGCCAUGUCAGACCUGAAGUCAAUAGCUGAUUGUAUGAUCAGUUCUGGCUAUGGUAUAGAGUGUGUGAAGAUAUACAAAAUUAUCCGGAAGUCAAUAGUGGAUGGAGGAUUGUUUCGCCUUGGAAUCCAACAGUUCAAAUCUCCACAAGUUCAUAAAAUGGAUUCGGAAGGACUAGAAAGCAUACUCAGGAACUGGAUGGAUGCUGUAAAGAUUGCUGUGAAAGCACUAUUUCGUGGAGAAAAAUAUCUCUGCGAUCAUGUGUUUUCAGCAUCUGAGAAUAUCAAAGAGUCAUGCUUCUAUGAGAUAACCAAAGAAGGAGCCACCACCCUAUUCAGAUUUCCUGAACUCAUUGUGAAGAACAAGAAAGGCCCAGAAAGAAUUUUCUGGCAACUGGAAAUCUAUGAAGCAGUCUCUGAUCUUUGGCCGGAGAUUGAAUCUAUAUUCGACUCUGAAUCAACCCAAGCUAUAAAGCUACAAGCUCUUUCAUCAUGGCUCAAACUUUCAGAUUCUGUUCGGACCAUUCUUUCCGACUUCGAAUCAACAAUUCAAAAGGACUCAUCAAAGAUUCUAGUUUUCGGAGGUGGGAUUCACCCACUGACCCAAUCAGUGAUGAACUAUGUAUCUUCACUAGCAGAUUACUAUGGAGUUCUCUCUGAUAUCCUUGCUGACCAUCCACCACCAGGGAAUUCAUCAUUUCAAGAAUUCAAAAGCGUAGUGUCAGAUGACUGUUCAACACCAGAAGUGUCAGUCCACCUAGCUUGGCUCAUUUUAGUCCUUUUGUGCAAGCUUGACAUCAAAGCUGAGAUUUAUAAAGACGUGUCAUUGUCAUAUCUCUUCCUUGUCAACAAUCUUCACUUCAUUGUUGAGAAGGUGAACAACACACCCAACCUGAAACUCCUCCUCGGUGAAGAUUGGGUAUCUGAACACAUGAAGAAGGUUAAACUGUAUGCUUCAAACUACGAAACCACAGCUUGGACAAAGGUGUUAUCAUCAUUACCAGAGAGGUCAGCAGACAAAUCUCCUGAAAUGGCAAAGGAGUGUUUUAGGAAGUUCAACACUGAGUUUGAAGAGGCAUAUAGGAAACAGACAUCCUGGAUUGUAGAGGAUAGGAAGUUGAGGGAUAACUUGAAGGUGUCAAUUUCACAGAAACUAGUACCAACCUAUCAAGAAUUUUUCGACACAUACAUGGUGAUGCUAAGUGGGGAGAAAAAUAUGGAGUUGUUGGUAAGAAUUUCACCAAAUGACUUGGGGAAUUACUUGUCUGAUUUGUUCCACGGGACUUCCGCGUCAGUUACUUCUACAACUUCAUCUUCAUUGGUGCCUUCUCAGAGAUGCUUCCCCAUCUAA